AUGUUCACCAAGGCCAAGGCCUUGCUCGCUCCCUACGCUCUCCAUGGGAGCCCCAUUGAAGGGGCCUCAUCUCUCCUCUCCCUCCUCAUUCGUGACGUAGGACAACAACAUGCUUGGAAGCGAAGCGGCAAUUUGGUUGAGACAGACGCCAAGCAGUUGGGAAGAGCAUCCCCCGACGUCUUCAAUUCAGCUGCUGCUUCUAUGAAGAAAAGGAUAAUCCAGGAUGAUGAAUUCCAUGAGCUUCAUGAGGAGACCAAGGAGAAGAGGAAAAAGCAGGCUUUGUUCCUUCUCAAAAUGAAGAAGAUAACCGAAGCUGCCCCUCAGAGAUUCCAUCGCCUUUGGGUCAAUGUCCAUCAACGUCAGCAAAUUCUCAAGCGUUGGUGUACAUGGGAGCUGACAUCGAAGUACCCCUGAACGAUGCACUUGCGACCUACAUUACGGAAC